AACUGUCCGAGACAACACCUCCUGCUGACUGCUCUUUUUAUUAACAACGCGUAUUUGUUCGGAAUUCGCCUUCCCGCCGCCAGUUCAUCUCUCUCUCUCUCUCUCUCUCUCUCUCUCUCUCUCUCUCUCAGCUUUCCUUACAAGAAAGCCAAAGAAUAGCUCAAACACAGACAUUGCAUUGGGUAUCUCUGUUUCUUUGUCUCUGUUGACAUGGCGAAAUCAAAGAGGCAAGCAUACAUUUCAGUUCCGGCUCAGAUAAUCAGUUCUCUCUCUUCUUCUUCCCUCCAAUCUCUGCUUCUCUCUCCCAAAAAAUCAGCCAAGAAGAAGAAGCCCCUAUGGAAACGCCCAAUGCUCUGGUUCCUCUGUUUCUUCCUCUGUUUUUUUCUUGUAAUAUUAAAGAUUGGGUUCAAUCUCGACCCAUUGGUCCCAUUCUCGCCGAACCCAUGUUCUUUUCUUCAUCAAGAAUCAUCUUUUUCGAAUGGGUUUGUGUCAAACAUUGAGAAUAAUGUUGGGUUUUUGAAGAAAGUUGGAGAAAAUCAAGAACAGAGUGAGUUUUGGAAACAACCUGAUGGAUUGGGGUAUAGGCCGUGUUUGCGUUUCAGCAGGGAGUACAAUAAAUGGAGUGGGGAGAAUGCAAAAGAUAGGACUAGGUAUUUGAUGGUGGUGGUCACGGGUGGGAUGAAUCAGCAGAGGAAUCAGAUUGUCGAUGCCGUGGUCAUUGCAAGAAUUUUGGGGGCUGCUCUUGUUGUUCCUAAUUUGCAAGUCAAUGUUAUUUGGGGCGAUGAAAGUGAAUUUUCUGAUAUAUUUGAUUUGGACCACUUCAAGAAAGUUCUUGCCAAUGACGUGCGAAUAGUUUCUUCACUUCCAUCGACACAUUUGACGUCUAGGCCAAUGGAGGACAAACGGAUGCCGGUUAAUGUCACUCCUCAAUGGAUCCGCGCAAAUUACGCUAGAUUGUUUAGGAGGGGCGGCGUUGCUCUCCUUCGUGGUUUGGAGUCAAAGCUUUCUAAAGAUCUCCCUUCCGAUCUUCAAAAGCUUCGUUGCAAGGUGGCAUUUCAUGCACUGAAGUUCGCCGCACCAAUCCUUGAACUUGGUAAUAAAAUCACAGAGAGAAUGAGGAGCAAGGGACCUUAUCUUGCUCUUCACCUACGGAUGGAGAAGGACGUAUGGGUGAGGACCGGUUGUCUUCCCGGUUGGACUCACAAGUACGACGAGAUGAUUAGCAAGGAGAGAAAACUGCGGCCUUGGCUCUUAACUUCGAAAUCAAACAUGACUUAUCAUGAGAGAAAGCUUGCGGGUCUUUGCCCAUUAAACGCUCUAGAGGUUACACGGCUGCUUAAAGCAUUAGGAGCUCCGAAGAAUGCAAGAAUUUAUUGGGCUGGUGGAAAUCCGUUGGGAGGGAAAGAAGCUUUGCUACCACUUAUUGGAGAAUUUCCAAAUUUGUAUAACAAGGAAGACCUUGCCUUGCCUGGGGAGCUCGGGCCAUUUGCAAGCAAGGCAUCGUUUAUGGCUGCGAUUGAUUACAUAGUCGCGGAGAAUAGCGAUGUGUUCAUGCCAUCUCACGGUGGAAACAUGGGUCAUGCACUUCAGGGACACAGGGCUUACGCAGGUCACAAGAAGUAUAUCACGCCAAACAAAAGACACAUGCUCCCCUACUUCCUAAAUGAUUCUCUUCCGGAAGCAGAGUUUAAACAGAUUAUCAUGGGCUUGCACCGAGAUUCUUUAGGGCAGCCGGAAUUUAGAACCAGCAAAUCCGGAAGGGAUGUUACAAAAUAUCCAGUCCCUGAAUGCAUGUGCAACGACACAAAUUUGCACACCUCCUCAUGAUUUCCUGUGCAGAAAGCCUACAUAAGAUUUCCAUACCAAGUGAAUCACGCGCUGGAUUUUCAUGCUGAAAUCGUUCUAUAACAAGAGUUCAGGGGCAAUAUUUCAAGAGGCCAAGAGGUCCGGUUUGGAAAUGAGUACUCAGUGCAAGUAAUUUCCGUUGUCAUGGUUGAAUACAAGGGUCCACUUGCUUAUGUACAGAUACAGAGAUGGGAGAGAUGGGCACUUUUUUGGGUUAUAACACAGCAAAGGAUAGACUUCAUUUUUUGCUUCCUUCAACAGUAGAGGGGCUAUAUUUUUUUUCUUUUAAUUCAAUUCAUUCUUUGUAUUGUAACUACGUAAGAUAAAGCUGAUCAAUAAAUGUACAAAAAUAUAGAGGUGUAUUUCCAUUGAAA